CUUAAGACGGUGUCAAAUAUAAGAUUCGACUAAGAUGCAGAAGGGGUGAGUGGGUGUUAAGGUGGACAUCCGCAGCAUCCGCGGGUGGGGAAGGAGAGAAAUCGGGUGGCUGUCUGUGGGUCGAUUCGUCGUGGCGCUUCAACGUAGAAGGGUGGAGGGCGUCCGCAUCGCGAGGAUGCCGGGGAGAGAAAGCGAGAAAGAGCAGGUUCCAAGGGCAUAUGUCAGCCAGUAACGAGUCGGGAGACGCGAGCGUCGCGUUGCAGGCGUCGCCCUGGGCGCCGCCGUCCGAGAGCAGAUGGAGCCGACCCGCGUGCCCCGGGGCCCCGCUUCGCGCCUCGUCUUUCUCUUCGUCACCCUCGUACUGACCGUCGCAGCAACGGGGCUGCUAUGCAGUGCAAUAAUGUCGGACCACUGGGAAGAAAUCAACUGGGACAGGGAAGAUCUGAUCCAUGCAAACGUCAACCUCACGUGGUACCUGAACGGUCAAGUGGCAAGGCUCGAAUCUUCCGUUAAUCAUCAAAAUAAACAUCGUGUCGCCAAAAGUUCAACCUUCUUAGUUCCUAUGCAUGGCGGCAUUUGGAUUAUGUGUGUUUCAUUGUCAGAGGAAGAGAUACAGCUGUUAAGUCAGGUGGGUUUCCCGCAAAAAAGAUGCGUCAAUUACUUAACACCAAGCGAAGCUCACGUAGAGGCGCGCGGAGCUUGGCAAAAUCGAAUGCAAAAUCUGAGUAUCUCGUGCUCUCUGGUGUGUCUAAUCAUCUUAGGAUGCGCUGCACUUAUAGGAUUUUUUGGAUUAUGCAGGCAUCAGAUAUCGGCCGUGCUCGUGACAGGAGUAAUGUAUCUCCUUGCAGCAACAUUCGCGCUGUUCACGCUCACGAUCAUUCACUUCAAGAGAGUUCAGGAUCGCGGGACCAAAUCAAUAGAAGAUGGCGUAAUCGGUAUGCCUGUUCUUCGCAGCAUUCUCAAGGCCAGGAGAGUUACUACCGCAUGGAGUAUGGACUUGGGAUGGGGUGGAGUCACCCUCUGUGCCCUUGCAUCAGUAGCCUGGAUCCUUCUGAGUAAAAUCAUGCGUUUCAGUCCGAUCGCUGCCAUGAUAGCGUAGCAGUGGGACGCCUUCGAGGUCUAAGGUCAUUUCUGAGAGUUUCGAUGUUUUACGAUUUCGAUGUUAUGCGUUUCUUUCAGCUAACAUCUUGAUAUUUUUCUCAAGUAUCAAGUUGGCGCAAGAGAUUUGUUUCAUAAUCGAGUUGUGCUGUAAUCUUCUACAAGACACAACAAAUGCUUUUCAAAACUACACGAUUUCGUCUUUAAUUUUACUUGGUAAAUACAACAAACUGUUUGCAUCAACUUAAUAAUCUCGAGUGUUUAUCUCCUGUUAAAAUAUAGAUUCCAAGAGUAUGAAUUUCCAAGAUUUGAGAUAAUCAUAUUUAUAGGAAUUGAAAUCUUCUGAAACCUUGAAAAGAAUCGCAAAUUGCAAUGGAGAACUAUAAGAUAAUACUUUUUGAGAAAGUUGAAUCCAGAAAUGACCCUCUCGAAGGCGAUCGUGUCAUGUGCCUAUUUUAUAUAAUUGAUAUCGUUUGCAUAAAUAUUCGCUCUCAAUCGAAAAAACUUGAAUUUAAGAAGAUAAAAAGUUUUAAAGCGCGCCUGAUUGAUCGACGCUUUGUAGAAUCAGUGAAUGCAUUUAAAAAUUUAUAUUCUUCUGCAUUCAAUUUAUUUACUGCAAGUAAUUAAAUAAGCUCGCUAAGAAAACACAGCCCGAGACACAAUUGAAAAAUAAAGACAAUAGAAACAGGCAAUAACAGAGCUCAAUCUAUCAAAAUAUUCCAUGUAUUCUUAUAUACAUUAGUUCUUGAUAACUUUGAUAAAUUGAAAUCUGUUAUUUGCUGUUUCUAUUACCUGCUUCUAUUACUUUUUCGAUUAUGUCUCAAGUUUAAAAGACAAAUGAGCAAGCCUAAUAUACUCAUAUAAAAAAACAAGAUGUCAUAAUAUAAGAAGACAAACGUUUUCCCCCUCAUUUUUUCGGCUGAUAUUCUUGUUGGUGCAGGUAACCCUGGUGAAAAUAAAAAUCGGAGCAUAAGCUGAAUGUAAAGGAAGAGUAAAUCUGGAAACACAAUGAAAAACACAGACAAUAGGAAUAGGGAAU